UUUAUCAGAGUCAUAAAACUCUUCCGCUAACGACUCUUCUUGGUACUGAAACUCAGUGCUUAGAUUUUGCUUGUCCCUAUAUCAACUAACUUUCUUAGUUGUCGUAAUUACGCAGUUCCAAUUUCGACGCAUCGAAAACACUUUUUUAAUAUAGAUUCAUACAAUUGUUCAAACAUCGCUACAUACGUCAUGAUAGGAAAGAUAUCAAUUUUACUUGCACUUCUAGUGAUUGGUUCAAGUGAAUCAUUUUUGUCACAUAAGGAGGGCAAUUGUCCUUACAGAACCAGCGUGAAAGAAUGUCUUCCCCACUGUAGAAGUGAUUAUGAUUGUGGAUUCAAUAAAAAAUGUUGUCCAAAUGUCUGCGGCGAUACUUCAUGUGCCACGGCUACUGCUUUCUCCACCGGCUCGGAUGGAGGUUACAAGUCAUCUUACGAUGAUGUUAAAUAUUGCGCAGGAGUAAAAUGCCAAAAAGGUGAAAAAUGUGAAUUAGACAGGCGAACAAAACGUGAAAAAUGUGUUCGAGCUUGAAGAUGAUUAAUAUAAUUAAUAAUGGUAAUUUUAAGUAAAAGAUAAUAUUAAAAGUAAUACAUGUAUUAUUGUAUCAAAUUA